GUUGCCCAGAAGUUUGGAAUUUUAGAUUCGCAGUAAUCUCCAUCCUUGAUUGUAUAAAUAAAAGACCCUACCUGAAAGAAGAGUCAGUAAGUAGUGAAGAUUUAUAGAAAAAAGAUGAAAUCAAAAUGUUCUCUUUUAAGUUUUGCAGCGCUCAUUUUGUUCGUUAAAGCGGAAUCAGGUUUGUGUACUUUUAGAAAAUCUUCAAAUCUUCACUUAAUAGAUUUGUAUUAAUAGAAGAGUGUAAAUUUCCUGAUGGCUCUUUUGGGGAUUGCGUAUUGGCUUCGCAAUGUCCAUCCGCGUUGUCGCAGAUCAAGGAACGUCAGAAACCUCAAAUUUGUGGAUUUCAGGGUUUGGAUUCUUUAGUUUGCUGCGAGAAGACUAAGACUAUUCUGAGGAAAAGUUUGAACUUUUGUGAGCAAUCGCAGAUACCGAUGUUGCUAGGAAAGCAAGCGGUUGGUGGUUUCGACGCUUUGCCCAGAGAAUUUCUGCAUAUGGUGAGUCUUUUAGGAAAUAUAUGACUUUUUAUAUAAUUUUAGAGUGGUUUAGGCGAGGGUACGGAGAGGAUAUCAAAGAUGUGGUUUGGGGCUGCGGCGGAAGUCUGAUCAGCUACAAUUACAUCUUAACGGCGGCUCAUUGUAUUUCCAACAAAGAUCUAGGGAACGUAAAUUUCGUGAGAUUAGGUGAUCUGAACUUGAGGUUGUACAGCGAACCAUCGGAACCGCAAGACUUUCGCGUUGCCAAGACUUUCAAGCAUCCGGAGUACAGGACGCCUUCAAAGUACCACGAUAUAGCUUUGAUUGAAUUGGAUCGAGCCGUACGGGUUUCAGAGUAUGUGAGACCGGCGUGUCUGUACACGGAAACGAAAAGCAGCGUUCCGAACUUCAUUGCAACGGGUUGGGGAAACAUCGGGUUUAACGGAAAACCAGCUUUGCAUCUUCAGAAAUUGCACAUCCAGCAGACUAGCGUCGAGCAGUGCCGAAAGUUCCAUGAAAUCAACGCUCGCACUCUGAACAAAGGCAUUAUUGAAGACAUGCACAUUUGCGCUGGUGACAUUAGCAAAGACACCUGUCAGGUAUUAAAAAAGUCAAAUGAGAAGUUGACGUGGAUUGAUCGAAGGGUUGAUUUUCAGGGCGAUUCCGGUGGACCGCUUCAACAGAGGAACAAUAAAUUCCAGGAUUCUUGGAAUAUCCAUGGUAUUGUUUCAUUCGGGAAGCCUUGCGGAUUGAGCAAAGCCCCUGGCGUUUACAUCAGAGUUUCCAACUACAUCGAUUGGAUCGAAUCUGUUGUUUGGCCCAACUGAAGACUACAAUCCUCUUAUCCAAGAAUUGUUAUAAUCUCGCUCUCCAUGAUUUCGAAUUUUAUGUUUGUCUUUAA